AUGCCAGGGAUUUUGUUCGCAGGGCGCCGUUGGAAUUUAUCCAGUGACGAUCUCCCGAUUCCCGCGCUUAUAGAGAGCCUGCUCAGGACCGCAUGGUUGAUCGUGGCGUGCGUAUCCUGCUUUACAGUGCCACUGACGUUUGAUUCCCGAUGCGCGGUCCGAUGCCGUCUCCUCUUCGGUUACCUAGUCGGUUUGCUGCUGCUUCAAAUUGCCACGCUGACCAUAAAUGCCUUGAUUACCCAUCGAUCGAUGCAGGGUACAGUUCUGCGGGAGCGCCCGCGGGAAGGGGUCACUCGGCUCAUCUCGAUCCGGGCUGCUCUUUUCAUCCCAGAGAUAGGUUGGCAUCUAACCGGAGCUGUAUGGUCUGGGAUCUUGCGUGUGGACGAAAUUCCCCCGGUCUGCGUCGUUCAUCCCCUCUACCGUUCGGCGCAAAGUAUGGUUUAUUUGGGGCUGGCUAUGACAGUUUUGAUCCUCCUCGGAGUAUAUUCUGUGUUCGAUCCAGCCGGCUCUAUAAAACAUUUUCCAUCGAACGAGAAUAUCGACGACGAAUUCGGCAGAUUGUUCAUUAUUCCCACCGAGAAAGGACGGCAAAAACUCCAUCGGAGUUGGCUCCGGCGAAUCCAGCUUCUGUUCUGCUGCGUCUCAUUCGACACAGGGUCCCGAGACGCGUACCAGGAUGUUGCGGAGCUUUUCAGUGGCUGGUUCAACGACAUUGACGUAGUGCCAAGCGAUCUCCUCUGUGCGCUCGUUCUUCUCCGCAAGAAACAGAACAGGCUGAGGAAGGUCACCGGUCACACUGCUGGCGGCCAGAAGUACCCGCUGACUGCUUAUCACAACCGUUCGAUUCCGAUCACCAUCCAGCCUACGAUGCUGCCUCCUGUUGACUGGAUGACUCCCGAGAACGCUCUGCAUUUCAUGAGGUUCGCUUGGGGUUCAUAUGGCUGGCCGGCCUUCAUGCUGACGCAUCUCUGCACGGGACUCUGUAUAAUUUGGAAAGGAUUGAGAUGCUUCUCGUGCUUUAGAUCCCCCCUGGGGUUGCGCAUGCGGGGAGACAACUGUUGCGAGUGUCAUACGGCGACCGUGAGGACCUUGGCGAAGGUCUCCAAGCAAGAUAUUUUGAUGAUCUCAUUCAAAGACUCCUUGUACAAGAUACCGUUUUUUGUUUGUUACGAUCACAGUACACGCUCAGUCCUGCUUGUGGUCAGAGGUACUUUGAGCGUAAAUGAUAUUCUCACUGAUUUCACCGGUGAUUCCACCCGUAUCGGAGUCAGAGGAGUUCCUCCUGACUCGAGGUGCCACAAAGGAAUACUCAAGUGUGCCAAAUACAUCAUGGAGCAACUUUCGGAGAAUUGCAUUCUCGAACAAGCUUUCAAAAGGAAUCCGACGUAUAGACUGGUCCUAGCUGGGCAUUCACUGGGAGCCGGGGUCGCGGCAACGCUUGGGAUACUCUUGCGCGACAAGUUCCCGGAACUCAUCGUUUUCUCUUUUUCCCCUCCUGGCGGGACGUUCAGCCGUGAGCUUUGCCGGUACACAGAAUCAUUCGUGUUCAGCGUCAUCGUAGGAGACGACGUUGUGCCGCGAUUGGGUCUCGCGCAACUUGACGAACUCAAAAAACAGAUGCUGAUAUGUUUGAUGGAGGCGGAUCGGCCGAAGCACGAAAUCAUCAUCGGGGGUCUGAACUCAUUUUUCUUCAAUUCGAGAAGUCGGAGGAACACCCCCCGCAUGAGCGGCUCGCCGACGGCAAAGUACGAGGAGAAACAAAAGAAGAAAUUCGAGGCAAUCAUCAGGAAACUCGAUGUCAUAUCGAAGAAGAAUAAUGAAAGAACAUCGUCGAGUUCUUAUUACGGCCCACAUCCUACUCCACAAGAUUCAUUGCAGAACACGAACAACUUGUGUCUCACGACGGUAGUGAAUGUUGGAGUUGGCAGUCUUUCCAAGCACAAGCUCUACCCGCCGGGGAGGAUAUUGUAUCUGACAGAAGCCGACGAAGGCUUUGAGACUUGGUGGUCUCCACCAGAGUAUUUCGACCAUGUGAUCAUCUCGGCCCAUAUGCUAACGGAUCACCUCCCUGACGUCACUUACCGAGCGCUGAAGACGGUGGUAGAUCGGCGUGACGUGAGAGCUGACAGCUUUGAGCUAAAAGGCAACAGACGGCGGACAGACGUUUAGUCGAUAUUAGCCCCGACGAGUCAACGUUGACAUGUAACAAAAACCUUGUCGAAUAAAUUCAUACAGGUACUUGAAUG